AUGGCAUCGGACAGCGAGGUAAAAACUCUACUGAACUUCGUUAACCUGGCUUCGAGCGACAUCAAAGCGGCUCUGGAUAAAUCAGCUCCUUGCCGCCGGUCAGUUGACCACAGGAAAUAUUUGCAGAAGCAGCUCAAGCGGUUUUCUCAGAAGUACUCACGGAUCCCACGGUGUCACCACCCCAGCAAACCCGCUGAGUGCGGCUGGCGCAGGGGCGCAGAGGACCGGGCCCGCGGCCCCCUGCCCGAGGCACCCGAGCCCAGCUCCCACGGCGGGGCUACCGCCGAGAAGGUGAUGCAGACAGCCGAGGCAGAGGAGAGCCUCACCGGGGACCGGGUUUUGCAGGAACAAAAGCCCGAGGCUGCCCGACCGGACCAGGUGCCCAUGAGGAAGCGACAGCUCCCCGCCUCCUUCUGGGAAGAGCCGCGGCCGGCCCAGAGCCUGACAGCCAGAGCCUUUCCUGCCAGCCCUGAGGGGCUCCAAGCCCCCAGAGACCCUCCUCCCUAUGAGGGGAAGAAAAGCAAGAGGAGCCCGGACGCUGCGGGCCCGGAGAGCCCCCCUGACACUGCGCCACAUGCCGGGGAGAAGGACCCCGCCGGGCCGCUCUCGGGCCGAGUGGGUACUUGGACCUGCUGCCCCUUCCCCUGCCCCGGGCCAGGCGUGUUCCAGCCCCCGGGAGCGCUGCCCCCGUCGCCCUUCCCGGGGCUGGGGCUGUGGCGGAAGAGUGCGGCCCCGCUGCCGGCCGAGGUGCCGCGCUUCUGCAAGGAGGCCGAUGGGCCGGGACAGAAACUCUACAGGCCCAUGGUUCUGAAACCCAUCCCCACCAAGCCCGCCAUCCCCCCACCCAUCUUCAAUGUUUUUGGCUAUCUUUAG